UGUUUCUAUUUAUAGUCAUUACUGGAAGCAUAAUUACAGAUGUUGCGUUAAGUUGAAGAACUCUGUAACCAAGUGUGUAGCAGUUAACCUUUAUUUGAUCAGUUUCUUAGCAACCUGCUAUCAGAAACAUACAUGGUUUGAAGCUGUAUUUGAAAUAACAAUUAAGGAGAUUGUACAAUCGAUAGACAUUAUUAGAAAAAGGUUUUUUUGUGAAUUUGUCUUUGUAGAAAUGCCAAAGUGAGCCCAAUCUGUAAGGAAGGCCAGCGUAACCUUUAUAAUAACCAGUUUCAGGCAGUGCUGGCGCUGAGGCCGGCAGUGGCCUUUCGUGAUGGUUUAUUUUUGGGAAUAGACCUACAGCAAUCUGUGCUAUUGCACACUGGUGCCAGGAGGAUUUCAACAAACAGGUGGCAUGCGAGCCACGUUUAUGCCCCAGCAUCAUCCUUCAGAGCUAAGACUAUGCAGCUGCACAGUUUCCUCAUAGUGGAAAUAAAGCAGGAAAUUCCUAGUGGCCUGGAGUCUGUCACACCACUGGACCUUCGCACAGACUUCAGGAUGAUGAUGCCAGUGGUGGAUACCACGCUGCAGGAGAAGCAGUUACAGCAAGAAUUACUCCUGAUCCAAAAACAACAACAGAUUCAAAAACAGCUUCUGAUCACCGAGUUCCAAAAACAGCAUGAAAACCUGAUGAGGCAGCACCAAGCCCAGCUUCAGGAGCACAUCAAGUUACAACAGGAGCUGCUUGCCAUGAAACAACAGCAAGAGCUUUUGGAGAAAGAACGCAAACUGGAGCAACAGAGACAUGAACAGGAAAUGGAACUGCAGCGCCGAGAGCAACAGUUCCUUACUCUCCAGGGCAGGGGCAGAGAAAGUGCAGUGGCCAGCACAGAAGUUAAGCAGAAACUGCAGGAAUUCUUGUUAAGUAAAUCUAAAGAUCCUGCAGCAAAUGGAAAUAAUCAGUCCCUGGGCCGCCACCCGAAGCUGUGGUACAUGGCUGCCCAUCAUACUUCAUUAGAUCAGAGCUCCCCUCCUCUAGGUGUGACAUCACCGUCAUACAAGUACACACUGCCGGGAACACAUGCUUCAAAAGAUGAUUUUCCAUUAAGAAAAACAGCUUCUGAACCCAACCUGAAAGUGCGUUCACGAUUAAAACAGAAAGUGGCAGAGAGAAGGAGCAGUCCAUUGCUAAGGAGGAAAGAUGGAAAUGUGAUAAACCCAUACAGAAAGAGAACAUACGAUGUGACAGAUACGUCAGUGAGCAGCAGUGCCCCAGGAUCUGGUCCCAGCUCUCCUAACAAUGGAUCCCCUGGAAUUGGACCAGAUAAUGCAACCUCAGUCUUACCAACCAUGGCUCACACUGAGCAUCUCCUUUCACAUCAAAGGGUCUUGAAACCUGAAGAAUCGAUGACCUUGUUAAGUCUGUACACAUCCCCCUCAUUACCCAAUAUUACUUUGGGACUUCCAGCUGCAUCCUCACCAAUAAAUGCUGCCACCACAUUGAAAGAACAACGUGGCGACGCUGCCAUGCAGGCCAUGAGGCAGGCUCUUCCAGGACAGUACCUGGGAGCUGGACCUCUCUCGUCUGGCCUUUCACCAGUGGCAUUGGAAGCAAAGGUGAAUAAUAGCCACCAGGCCCUGCUUCAGCAUCUAUUACUAAAAGAACAAAUGCGGCAGCAGAAGAGUCUUACAAACGUUCAAGGUGUGGUCCCUGUCCAUCCUCAGUCUCCCUUGGCAAUGAAAGACAGACCAGCCUCAAGUGUCAGACACAAGCUGCCUCGCCAUCGGCCCCUGAACAGAACGCAGUCAGCCCCUCUGCCACAGAGCACCUUGGCACAGCUGGUCAUCCAGCAACAGCAUCAGCAGUUCCUGGAGAAGCAGAAGCAAUACCAGCAGCAGAUCCAGAUAAACAAAAUGCUUUCAAAAUCCAUUGAGCAGCUCAGACAGCCAAGCAGUCACCUGGAGGAGACUGAGGAAGAGAACCACAAAGAUCAGCCAAUGCAGGAGGACAAGGUGCCCCCCUGUGGCAGCUUCAUGAACUGCAGCAGCAGCAGCAGCAGCAACAACAGCAGCAACAGCAGCUGUGAGGGAGAGGUUCCCAGAGCACACCUGGGAGUUAUCAAAGUGAAAGAAGAGCCCCCAGACAGUGAUGACGAAAGCCUAAGCAAUCAAAGUGAAGCCGCGGAGCAGAUGGUGUUUAUGCAAAAGCAACUCCAGGAGCAUCAACGUGUCCACCAGCUUCGACUGUACCAGACUCAGACAACUGUGGUUGGCAUAAUGGGACUAGAAAAACAUCAGCCUGUGUCCAGAACUCUGUCGUCUCCUGCUGCCUCGGCCUUACAGCACCAGUUACCAGACCAGCCUGUCAUUCACUCAUUCACUACUGGUGUAGUGUAUGAUACUGUCAUGCUGAAACAUCAGUGCAUCUGCGGCAACUCCUCUGACCACCCUGAGCAUGGAGGAAGGAUACAGAGCAUCUGGUCCAGACUACAGGACACAGGUUUACUCAACCACUGCGAGCGAGUCAAGGGUCGAAAAGCCAGUCUAGAAGAAAUCCAGCUGGUUCAUUCAGAGCAUCAUUCAUUGUUGUACGGCACCAACCCACUAAACAGGCAGACAUUAGACACCAAGAAACUACUAGGUUCUUCAGCCCAGAAACACCUGGCCUUGCUACCAUGUGGAGGACUCGGGGUGGACAGUGACACCAUUUGGAAUGAGCUCCACUCGUCCAGCACGGCACGCAUGGCCGUUGGCUGUGUCAUUGAACUGGCUUCCAAAGUAGCCUCCAGAGAGCUGAAGAAUGGAUUUGCUGUUGUCCGGCCCCCAGGUCAUCAUGCUGAAGAAUCAACAGCCAUGGGAUUCUGCUUUUUCAAUUCUGUUGCAAUUACUGCCAAGUACUUAAGGCAAAAGCUAAAUAUGAGCAAGAUAUUAAUCGUGGACUGGGAUGUUCACCAUGGCAACGGAACACAGCAGGCCUUUUUUAGCGAUCCCAAUGUCCUGUACAUGUCUCUCCAUCGCUAUGAUGAAGGGAACUUCUUCCCAGGCAGUGGCGCUCCAGACGAGUGUGGAAGUCACCUUGGUGAAGGUUACAAUGUAAAUAUUGCUUGGACAGGUGGCCUGGAACCCCCCAUGGGAGAUGUGGAAUACCUCACAGCUUUCAGGGCUGUCGUCGUGCCCAUUGCCACUGAGUUUAAUCCAGAUGUGGUCCUGGUGUCAGCUGGCUUUGAUGCUGUAGAAGGCCACGACCCUCCACUGGGCGGGUACAAAGUCACAGCCAAGUGUUUUGGUCACCUCACCAGGCAGUUGAUGAAGCUGGCAAACGGACGAGUGGUCCUCGCCUUGGAAGGUGGACAUAAUCUUAACGCAAUCUGUGAUGCGUCAGAAGCCUGUGUGAACGCCCUUCUAGGAAAUGAGCUGGAAGCUCUUCCAGAGAACGUUCUACAUGCAAAACCAAAUGCAAAUGCAGUGACCUCCAUCGAAAAGACCAUCACAAUUCAAAGCAAGUAUUGGAGAUCAGUUCACAAGUACACUUCAACCGUGAACUGCUCUCUUGCUGCUGCCCAGCAACAUGAGAAAGAGGAAACUGAUACAGUUACAGCAAUGGCUUCACUGACCGUGGAUGCAGACCGACUGAAUACAGUGGAGGAAAUCAGAAUCGCUGUCGAGCCAAUGGAAGAAGAGCCAGCAUUGUGAAGUGCCAAGUCCAAGCUGUUUCCUGUAUGUGACAUCAUUGUGUAUCCCCUGAAGGCACCCUCAGACAUGUCUUGUCUGCUGCUUGGGUGGCGCACAUGAGAUGCAAUGUAAACAUGGGGUGCAGGGCUCCUUUCACUUGUUCCUCGGUCACAUAUUAAAGGACUUAGGAUUUCGUAAUUUAAAGAUGACAUGGCCUGUACAUUGAGUCUGUUUGAAUUAAGAAAAUGCCCUUUCACAUGGAACAACACCAACACUUUAGGACUAGUGCUUUAUACACUACAAUUUAUACAACUGUAAGUCGCCCUGGGUAACGAUGACUGCUAAGAAAUAAAUAAUAAUAAUAAUAAUAGUAGUAAUUUCAAAUGAGCCGAUUUCUCCUGGCAUACAGUGCCUACUGUAAACAGGGUGGUGGUUUUGUUCCAGUUGGCUUUUGAUAAAGGAGUUGUAGAUUGUUACAGUCAGUGGCCUAUAUAAGUAAACUUGUGUGGGUGAAGUUAUAAUCUGUGUACAUUAUAAAAUGUAUUGAAACUGUAAAGGUUAGUAGUUUACUAAACUUGGAUGUGCCAGCAUUGCUUCCAGUUCAGGUAAUAUGUUAACCACCUUAACCACAUACAGUUUAUAAAUACUAUUACAGCCCAUUUGGGUUAUUCCACUGGACCUUAACAAUUAGACAACAGCACUGUCUGUUGCAAAUAAAUUACUAUUUUUUAUAAAUGCUUAUGAAUGUUGGAUUUAAAAAGAGGAAAGCAUUUUGUUUUUAUUUAUUAUCCAAGCUUUUUAUAUAAUAUUCAGAAUCCACGUUUUUUUAAAAGGAUUUUUGGUUGCUGUUUUUCUCAAAAGAUAUAACCAGGACACUGGAAAAGUAGUAAAACAAAAAUAAGAAUUGAAAAGAAGGCUUUAGUCAAUAUAUAUUUUAUUUUAUUAAAUAAAAGUUGAUAUGUAGCAUAAGCACAUUGCCUUAAGGAAGAAAAGAAUGUUGAUGAUAAAGGUCUUCGGAACAAUGAAACUAAUAAGAAUAUGAUUAAAAAAUGAUCAUAUAUCCAAUGUCUGUGUGCAAUCAGAACAUUAGAAACUAUAUUUAGUGGCACUUUAAUCGCACUGUAAAAUUAUUUGUAUUUUAUUUUGUAUAACUAAAAGGUUUUCGAGUAUAACUUAAAUCCAUGAGCGAGCAGCACUGUGGCUCGUUUAAAGAAAUUCGAAGGAAACCUUAAUUAGAACAAGCUUUACCCAAAGGUUAUGAUGAUAUGAAUGAUCAAACAAUGUGGUUUGAGUUAAAGGGAACUUAAACCUGCAACUCAAAGAUGAAAAGAUUUCAUUCAAAUGGAAUUAUAUAUUUCUCUUUUGUCAUCUAGUCAGGCUAUAUUUUUUCAGCAUCUGGGCAUACAAUGAGGUCGGUCUUUUGAUGUUUAUAAAGAAGUUGUGUUUUAGAUAAUAUAUAACAGGGUGAUGUGUGAGUGCAGAUACUGGAGAUUAUGUACACAGAGGUAAAUCAUUGUGUUCGUUGAUUUUAUUCAAAAGGAUGCAUGAAUAAUUAUAAAGAAGGUAGAACUCUAUUUAACAGUGCUUUAUUCAUAGUGAGCGCCACGAUGGACUGUGAAAGA